AGUAACGGCCCGGGUCGGGGGCGGGGAGCCGCUGCAGCCCCGCCGCCCCUCCGCGCCCGACGGCGGCGAACCGCGCUCCGCCGAGCAGCCUGAGGCCGCCGCUGCCAUAGCGACGCGGAGGACGCCGGCGCCCGGCGGAGCCCGAGGAACGGAGCCCGUGGGACGGAGCCCCAGCAUGCCCUUCACCGAGCGCGCCUACUACCCGCCGGCGGCGGGGGGAGCCGGGGCCGGAGCGGGGCCGGCGGCGUUUCCCGCCUUCCAGUUCCGCGGCCGCCAUGAGAGCCCCGACUGGCGGCGGCUGAGCGCCGUGGACGUGGGCCGGGUGUCGCGGGAGGGGGACGUGGGCGUCCUGCAGGAGCACCUGGAGCACGUCACCUUCUGCAGCGCCGAGCGGGAGCGCUGCCCCCACUGCCAGGGCCCCGCCGACCCGCUGCUGCUCAAGCUGCUGCGCCUGGCCCAGCUCUGCACCGAGUACCUGCUGCACUCCCAGGAGUACCUCAGUGCCCAGCUCGGCAGCUUGGAGGAGGCCCUGCGGGCGGCACAGGCCCAGCGCGACCAGCUGGGCAAGGAGGUGGCCCAGCGCUUGCAGGAGAUCAAAGGGCUCAAGGAGGAGUGCCGCCGGAGGAAGAAGAUGAUCAGCACACAGCAGAUGAUGCUGGAAGCCCGAACCAGCUACCACCAGUGUCAGCUAUGUGAAAAGGCUUUUAUGAACUAUUCCUUUUUACAAAGUCACAUGCAAAGGCGUCAUCCAGAAGAAUCUCAGAUGGAACAGAAGAGGAAAGCGAAGACAGACAAAUUGCAGGAUGAGAUUGAUAAACUGAAGGAGCAGUUGCAGCUCACCAAGUCCCAGUUAGAGGCUGAACAACAGGCUAAUGUGGUCAGGUUUUCUAAGGAAUGUGAACAGCAAAAAUCAAAAGAAGAAGAAAUUCUACAGUCAUUUCAUAAAUGGAAAGAGGAGGAAAAAGAGAAAUUGGCUGAUGAAAUAGAAAAAGUGAAAGAGAUGUUUAUGAAAGAGCUUAAGGAGUUAUCUUCGAGAAAUUCAACAUUAGAAAAUCAACUGUUAGAAUUACAAAGGUCCAAUAUGCGACAAAAAUCCAAUUUAGGGACACUGAAAGACAGCCAAGAAUUUACAGAAGAGAAACCUCAAAGUCCUCAGGAUUAUCACAAUGUGGUUAAACUUCUUGAAAAACAGGAAAGUAAGUGGACGUCUAGAAUACAAGCCCUUCAUCAUGACCAUGAGACAGAAAAAUCCCUGCUGCUGUCACAGAUCGAGAAACUUAAAUCAUCAGUGAGAGAAGACCUGAAUAAAAAUAACACCUUUUACAAGAGGAGGAUAGAAGAAUUGGGGCAGAGGCUUCAGGAGCAGAAUGAUCUGAUUAUAACUCAAAAGAAGCAGAUAAAAGAAUUGUCCACAAGAUCAGUUGCAAACAUUAAACCAUAUGACGUGAACACUAUUGUAGAGCGUCUUGAAGAACCUAAACCAAGUCUACCAGUGAUGCACGAAACUGAGAAAGGUGAUCAUAAAACAGGUAGAAGUAACCACUAUUUAAUAAAUGCUUUGAAGACCGAUCCUUCUUUAACUAAAGAAUUACGAGUUGUUUUGGAGCAAGCCUUGGAGGAGAAGCUGGAAUCCUUGGGAAUUAAAGCAGGUGUUCGUGGUAUCCCAAGUGAUCGCUUAAAUAAAAUUUUGCGUGCUAUUGAAUCUGCCAGAGACUGCAAACAGAAGGAAGAGCCUGACAUUCAGCGAAUUCGAGAGCAUCUUGAACGCCAAGUUAGCUUUAGGGUUGAAGAGAAAUCAUCAUCUUGUAAUAGAACUGCUUCCUGUCCUCAGCUUCCUUCAGAAGAUAAACAGAAGUUCAAUCAAUCGGGAAUUUCCUCGUUUGCCGCACCACAAAAACCAGUAAAAAGGUCUUCAACAGCUGUCCGCCCAGCUGAACAAAGAACAGCCGUUGCUGAGAAUACAUCUACACCAAAGUCCAUGAAGCUUUUUGGAAAUGGAGUACCCAAAAAGACCUCUAGUAUCACAACUCCACCAUUCAGUUCAGAGGAAGAAGCAGAUGAAGAUGAUAUUAAGCAGCAUUAUGUAUCACCAGAAUUAUUACAAAAGCAGUCAAAAACAUCAAGCAGUAAAGUCAGUGCUUUUCAGAAGGCUUCUGGCAAAAGCGAUAUGGGAUGGGAUGGGACGGAGGAAAGUGAAACUGAGGAAACUGGAACACCUGCCAAAACUUCCAAAGGAACAGUAAUUCAAAAACUGACCGAACAAGUUGGAAAGAGUCUUUCUAACCAUGGAAAUAAGAACAAACCAGCUGGAGGGGUUAAUGUUGCGCAGGCAUUUAUUAAGAAAGAAGAGGUGCAAGAACUGAAGUUCACAGAAGUUGAUGAAGAUGAUUGGGAUAUAUCAUCAGUAGAAGACUUUUUAUUGAUGAAAGAUGACAGAGGUCAGAAGCCAUUGACGGUUCCGAAAAAUGAGUCGAAUGCAGCAUCUGUGGUACAGGCAUGGGGUCUCCCGAAGAGAAGUGUGCCAAAGGAGGAAGGCCUUCAUGAAGCUGAUAAUACAAGCACCUUAAAAAGCAGCUUAGUCACGGUAACAGACUGGAGUGAUUCUUCAGAUAUCUAACAGUUGUGUUCCUGAUGGGAGGCACCACCCCCGCCUUCUCUUGGGGUUCAAAAUGGGGUUUCUCCCAUUGGUCAUGUCAUAACAAGGAAGGGCAUUUACAUUUGUGUCUUUCAAUCCUGAAUGUGAAACAAGAAUAUUCAUGUACACGUUACUGGCCAUGUCUGUUUGGAAACUGAGAGUUAGUUCUUCUUUCUCAUGAACUCAAAAUGUUGAAAGUCUCUUUGGUUUCACUGAGGUGAAGAUUUCGCCUCCAAUGUUUACAUUAAAGAUUGAAACUGGUCUGGCAGGAAAGCCUGUUGACCAAUGAGCAGAAUUUACUCCAGAGUAUUACUUUAUAAUAAUUUUUAAAUGCACAUUUUCUUGUUUUUUAUCAUAAACUUUAUAUAAAAUUGUCAACAUUUUAAAGAAAAUAUUUCCAUGUCUCAAAACGUUAUGUUUUUAUCAUGGUUUACACCAAACACCAAAUUAAAAGAAAAAAAAAAAAAGCCUCAGCUAUGAAACUAGUCAUUAAAUACCUCCUAUUUUGGAAAGUUUGGGGUUUUUUUAAUUAAAGUCGUGUCUGAGUUAACAUAAAAGCACAAAAAUUGGAAAAAGAAUUCAAAGGUCAAGCAAAGGUGAGGAAGGCACUGACCUGCUGUCGCGCAAGCACUUGGGUAUUUCUGUCCUGUCCAUAUUGGCUGCUGCCUUAAAACAACACAUUGGUGCUUUGACUUGGGUAAGGUGAAAUGAAAAGAAUCUUGAAUGGCUUUGUAGUUCUGAUGUAUUUUAGCAGGUAUCAGAUAAAAGACCUUUUCUACUGUACUCUGCCUAUUAAUAAAUAGGACUAUCUAGUUUUUACAUUUACAUCUUUGUCCCAAAAUGACCAACAUAUUGAAACUCUAAGGGUCCGUUGGUUCAAACCUCAAGACAGACCUGAGUUUGUGU